AUGUCACCUUCUGAGGACAUCAACGAUUGCUUUGUCGUUUCGGAAGGCCCUGCAAGACCACCUCAAGUCGAAAAAGGUGGUUACGAUCUACGAUCUAUCCCGAGGAGGAGUUCAAGUGCACCUUGCAAGACGAUGGGAAAUCCCCCGCAAAAGAGUCAGUUCCGCGUGGAGGUGAAAAACCCACCCACUGAAGCUUCGCCCAGCGAUGGAUCAGACGAAAGUGCAGACGACAGACCAUCGGACCGCGAUUACGAGCAUGAAGAGACAAAAGCAUCGUCAAGAGUACUCAAGAAGAAAGACCAAAAGUCGCAAUCUUCGGCACAUCAGCCUACCGAAAAGGGGAAAGAUUCCAAAAGCCAUGCCAACAAGGAUGACAAGGCAGCCAAGCCAAAGAAGCGCAGACUACCGCAAAACGUGACGGCUUGCCAUGAAAUCAUCAAUCAUAAAUUCAAACAGACCAGCGAGUACAAAGCCAAGGUCAAAGCUCGUGGGGAGGAGAUCAGCAGACUGAAAGAUGCAAAAGCAGAGCAAAAGAAAACCAUCCGACAGCUCCGAGAGGAACUCGAAGAAAGCAAUAAGAAUGUCUCCCAGCUCGAGCAGGACAACGAAAAGCUGUACAAUGAGCGAAUGCGUCUGGUUGGCAAGGACGCGUUUCCCCCGGAACCAGAUGAUGCAGUAUCUUCAGAGCUUUGUGAGAUCUUCGCAGAGACAAUGUCCUUCUCGAAGCGCUGGUGUUUGGGGAAAUGGAGUGAGCUUGACGAGGCGCAGAACAAACAAGUCCUAGUCCUUCUUCAGGACCACAAGAGCAUUGUGAACAACGCGUCUGCGCGAUGCGUGCUGGCCGUUCAACAGGGGAAGAUCGCUCCGAGCGUCGUUCUACAAGCGCUCGUCAACUGUGUUAUAUGCAUGGCUACGUUCCAGCGGCCAUUCGCACACCUUCGCAUUGAUACGAAUGACGUUUCCGAUGAUCGUGUCGAAACAUCCAUGAAAUUCAUGCUUGACCUCGCUAGAGCAUCGAAGGAUCAGGCCGAUGCACCAAAAGCAGCACAUAAGCUGAGGGCGGACAUACUCCGUGCUAUUCAAACAGCGCCUUCCGCUUCGAGUGAGCGGCCAUCGUAUCGCGAGCAGGAGUUGAAGAUGCGGGAAUUCCAUGAUCAAUAUUGCACAUUGACAACGAACAGCUUUCUCCAUAAGUGUGAACCGCUCCUCCGAAGCCUCAAUGAUGACGAGGAAAUGACAAGGAGAGAGGAACUGCUCGGUAUUGUCAAAUCCGCAUGGCAACUUACGUGCAGGUUGGCUGUCCAGUACUUUUGCACUGAAGUGUUCUUUCUGGAGCAUUUGGAAGCGGAACACUUCGCCCUUGGCCACGAAAGAUACAAGCCACACCGUGGAAUGAAGUUGAAAGAGGAUAAGAAUGACGAAUUUGGUCGUGAUCCUAAGAAGCUCGGCAUACUCGGCGAACAGGUCGACCUGUUGGUCGAACCACUCAUACGUCGAACGGGCGAUCACAAGGGAAACAAGUAUGACAAGUCCAAGAUUUUGCACAAAGCUGCGGUCUGGGUCGUUGCUCCGAGUGAAGUGCAAGAUCCUCCAGAAACCACAGCCGUUGAGCAGGGCAAUACUGGUCAAUAUGAAAAGGCCGGAUCAACGCACCAUCGUCCACCUGCGCCAGUACAGCCUCCGACGUCCAGAGACCAGUCCCUGGUGUCACCCUCGCGUCAUACUGUCCGUAUGAAGCGGGUAGAGGAAGUAAUUUGGAGCAAUAUGAAACGUAUCGGCAAGGAGUUCAAGUGGGUACCGGUUGAAGACGACAACGAUGGGUAUUCUUCGGAGCCGUCAAACACAGCGCGGGAUUCAACAAGCAUGCUGCCAUUCUCCGAGACACCGAGUCAGGGGAUCAGUCCUUCUUCACAUAUUCCUAUGACGAAGGAGCCAGAGAGUCAAGAUCCAUUACAAGACCAGCUCAAUGGAUUACACGUCACAAGAACCUUCGACACAGACAAGAAGGAGAAUGCUAUGCCCCAAGGAGCUACAAGAAAACGCCAAGCUUCAGAGAGUCGGAAUGCAGGAGAAGCAGGCAUAGAGGCAUGUACGGGCGAGGAACUAGACGGAGAACCAGCCGCGAAGAAAGUGGCAAGUCUCACAACAACCUGGACAACUAGAAAGCAACAUUGA